AUGUCGGACUCCCCAAAGUCCAAUGUUCUGGAGACCGCGGAAUCGUUUGUAUCGCGACAGUAUGACUUCCUGGUUGUUGGAGGCGGAACCGCUGGUCUGGCGCUCGCUGCCCGACUCUCCAAAAAAACCUCUUUUACUAUAGGCGUCUUGGAAGCUGGGCAGCCCCAUUUGACCGAUCUGAAAAUAUUGGCGCCAGGUCUGUGCGGCGCCCUUUCUGGUGACCCUGAGUACGACUGGAAAUUCAUGACCGAGCACCUGAACGGACGUCAGAUUGCAAAGUUCCAAACCUUUGCACGGCCUCCAGCCGAAGUAGCGAAGCCGCUGGGAACGUCGCAUUAUCGACUUACAGACUAUGGUGGCACGGGUCCCAUCCAAAUUGGCUUCUAUACCCCGCAUGAUAUGCAAGAUGCCUGGUUGAAAACGUUUGAAACCCUUGGCCACAGAAUGUGCCAGAGUCCUCUCUCUGGCACAGCGAUUGGAGGGUUUACAAACCUUGCAAGUGUGGAUCCUGAGUCUCGGACACGAAGUUACUCCAAGAAUGCUUACUACCUCCCAAACGCAACGAGGUCAGCCAUGUUUGUUUUCACAGGAGCCCAAGUCCUCAAGAUUCUAGAAUUAUUUCGAAUAGGCUCUGGGGAUGUUCUUUUUAAGCAUGGUAUUGAUGUACUGAUCAACAACCCCGGUGUCGGCGAGAAUCUCCAAGAUCACGCUCUUGCAGCCCUGGCCUAUGAAGUUGCAGAUCCCAAUUUAUCCUUGGACAGGCCUCGCGACCCAGGACUUCUGAGAACAGCCCUGGAAUCUUUCCAGACUGAAAUGUCUGAUCCUUUUACUUCAGGAGUCCAGGCCAGUGCGUUUCUUCCGAUCAUCGAAUAUCUCCAAACCAUAGCUGGGACUGAGCCGCUGGCUUCAAAACUGGCAACGAAUGGCCGGAAAAUUCCUGAUUGCAUACCAGUUGACCUCGAUUUGGCUUCGGCAAAGGAGGAGAUAAAGAAAGACCUGGCGACGCAAUACCAUCCCAUCGGAACCUGUGCGAUGAUGCCACUAGAGAAGGGUGGAGUUGUCGAGGCAAAUUUAACAGUCCACGGCACUGUGAACCUCCGAGUUGUCGAUGUUAGCGUGUUUCCGAUGCACCUACGUGGCAACAUCCAGUCGACCGUGCAUGCAAUUGCGGAAUACGCUGCUGACAUGGUCAAGGCAAGAUGGGUUCGAAGUGGUGAUCUACACUAA